ACGGGGACUGAUUCUGUUCCACUCAUCUCACCGGUGCGCCGACGCAGCGCGCGCAGACCCGGCGGACACGAGGACGCGUGCUGUCAUCCCUCAUGUUUUUAAUCCCUCGCUUCUUCUCCACUGAGAAUCCGCCAGGUGUCAAUCAGGGGAGCGUGAAGUUUGUCCAGGAUCCGCUGGUGACGCGCGGCUUCCUUUUCCACAGAGCGGAGUUUGGAUUUGAGGAGAUGCGCUCGCGUCACGUGGCGCGCGGUGGAUGUUUGUCGGGAUAAUCGGGUUUUAUUUUUUUAAUUUUUGGUGGAUGCAGACGACCUGGGUGUUUUUAUAGGCUCCUGUUUGGUGAAAGUUUGCGUUCAGGACGCAGCGGAGGAGGAGGAUGAGAUGCGCGUGGUUUUCCUGUCCCAUAAACGCGUCGGAUGCUUUUAUUGUUUUCUUCUUUAAUCUAAAUCACUGAUGAUUUUCGGGGACACAUUUGCGGUUUGCGGAGAGAGAAUGUGUUUCCAAACUGCGGACUUAUGCUCAGGCUGGAGGAGAGAGCAGAUUCCAGCCGAAAGCUUUCCGGGGACCACAGGUGUUCUUUGUUAACAGUGACAUCACAUCUGAAAAUGUGGAGCUGUGGAUGAAGAAGCUGCCCUGUGGGCUGACCUGUGUUGACCUACCUGCAGCCCCCCUCCUCUCCCUACUCCUCCGUAUCUUCUUUGCCGUCUCGUCUUUUCCUCCCCUUCCCUCCUCCUAUACGUUCGUCCUCUGCAUAUUUCACUUGUUAAAAGCCUCAGCCCUUUUCCCGCCCUCUGAGUUCGUCUUCCCGUCUGCUCUUCUGUCAUUGUCCUUUGUGGUGCCGAGCGUCACUUCAUCCCUUUCUCUUCUCCCCCAAAACCCACGACAUCCUCCUUUUCCUUCCCCCACAGCACACAUGCAGGCCAAGAAGCGGUACCUGCUUGUGUCUGUGGGGGCCGGUCUUCUCUUCCUAGUAUAUCAGUGGGGUCUGCAAAUUGGGGAAUUCCAGAAUCAGCCGUACCAGUAUAACCAGUAUCGCCAGUACCAACAGGAAGAGUACCAAUUCUACCAGAGCCAGGAGGUGUACCAGCCAAAGCCUCAGCCCCAUUCAUUGAGAAGCACAUCUAGACAGCACAGUCACUGGCCGGAAUCGAACCAAGUGCUGGAGCCAUACCUGGAGGGGGGAGAGCAGGAGGAGGAUAGUCCUCAGUUGCAUCACCAGCACACCUCGCCCCGUGAACGUCGGGCGAUCCGAGACAACCUCUACAAGAACAGGCGCUGCCGCAUGGAAACCUGCUUUGACUUUGCUCGCUGCAAGCCAAACUUCAGGGUUUACAUCUACCCACCACAGAGAGGAGAUGAGGUCUCCGAGGCCUACCAGAAGAUCCUCACCUCCAUCAAGGAGUCUCGCUUCCACACCGCAGACCCCUCACAGGCCUGCCUGUUUGUUCUGGCAGUGGACACCCUAGACAGGGACCAGCUAUCAGCCCAGUAUGUCCAGAAUGUGAGGUCCCGCAUCCAGAGCCUGCCGAUGUGGAAUGACGGAAGGAACCACCUGAUUUUCAACCUCUACUCCGGCACCUGGCCAGAUUACACAGACGAUCUGGGUUUUGAGGUGGGCCAAGCCAUGCUGGCUAAGGCCAGUGCAGACGUGUCCAAUUUCAGACCCAAUUUUGAUAUUUCCAUCCCCCUAUUCUCCAAGGAUCACCUCCUAAAGGGAGGAGGCAACGGCUAUCAGACACUCAGUGACGUGCCACCUUCCAGGAAAUACCUGCUUGUCUUCAAAGGGAAGCGAUACCUAACUGGCAUUGGUUCUGAGACGAGGAAUGCUCUCUAUCACAUCCACAAUGGGGAAGACAUAAUCCUACUGACCACAUGUAAACACGGCAAGGACUGGGAGAGACACAAGGACGCUCGCUGUGACCAAGAUAACGAAGAAUACUCAAAGUACGACUACCAGGAGCUGCUCCUUAAUUCUAGUUUCUGCUUGGUCCCCCGGGGCCGACGCCUGGGAUCUUUCCGCUUCCUGGAGGCCCUGCAGGCAGCGUGUAUCCCAGUAAUUUUGAGUAACGGCUGGGAGCUUCCCUUCUCUGAAGUCAUUGACUGGAGGAAAGCUGCCAUCAUUGGAGACGAGAGGCUGCUGUUACAGGUUCCCUCCAUUACUCGGUCUGUGGGCCGUGAUAGGAUCCUGACUCUCCGCCAGCAGACUCAGUUCCUGUGGAAUGCUUACUUUUCUUCUGUAGCCAAAAUCGUCUUAACUACUCUGGAGAUCAUUCAGGACCGCGUAGAGUCCCAUGUGUCCAGAAACCGUUUGUUGUGGAACUCCCUCCCUGGUGGUCCUUAUGCACUCCCCCAGUUCUCCACUGACCCGGCAAGCUUCCCUUUUUAUUAUGCCAUAGUGGGUAAAGUUCCAUCCCAGCAGUUCACAGCGGUUAUCCAUGUGGUUGCUCCUCUGCAGUCACAGACCUCCCCUGUGGUGAAGCUCAUCAUCGCCGUAGCCAAGUCCAAAUUUUGUGCACAGAUUGUGGUCUUAUGGAACUGCAACAAAGCUUUACCUCCGAGGAACAAGUGGCCCUCCACCAGCGUGCCUCUCUAUGUCAUCGAAGGACAGACUAAGACGAUGAGCAGCCGUUUUUAUCCCCUCAGAACCAUCCUCACUGAUGCUGUUCUCAGUCUGGAUGAGGACUCAGUUCUCUCAACCAAUGAGGUGGAUUUUGCCUUCAUUGUAUGGCAAAGCUUUCCAGAGCGGAUUGUAGGUUAUCCAGCAAGGAGCCACUACUGGGAUAGUUCCAGAUCACGAUGGGGUUACACCUCUAAGUGGACCAAUGACUACUCCAUGGUCCUUACAGGAGCAGCCUUCUAUCACAGAUAUUACCACUACUUGUUCACCCACUAUGUCCCUGCCAACCUACUCGCCAUGGUGGACCGCAUGUCUAACUGUGAGGAUAUCCUCAUGAACUUCCUAGUUUCUGCCAUUACCAAGAAACCACCAAUCAAAGUCACUCAGAAGAAGCAGUACAAGGAAGCCAUGAUGGCCCAGGGUUCCAAGGCAUCUCGGUGGGCCGACCCGGACCACUUCGCCCAGCGACAGACCUGCAUGAACACCUUCAGUCACUGGCUGGGCUUCAUGCCUCUGGUCCACUCCCAGAUGAGACUGGAUCCUGUGUUGUUCAGGGACCAAGUUUCUAUCCUGAGGAAGAAGUACCGGGACAUAGACCGACUUUAAACAGAGCAGCAGCAGGGGAUCAGUGUGUGUGUGUGUGUGUGUAUCAUUUUAUUACUGAAUGAACACAUGUGGAAAGCUAGAAAGGAACACUCAUAAAUAUAAUGGAUCCUGAAGUACACAUAAAUCAUUUAAAUGUAUACUUAUUAAAAAAAACACAAACCGUUUUUGAAUGUGUGAUGUUUCGAGGGCGUGUCUGCACAUACGCAUGGAUUCACAUGCAAAACGACACUUUGUUUUUGGGCCACACAAACAGAUACACAUUGCACAGUUGGAGGAAGAUAAGUGGAAAAGCGCGUGCAGCGCUAAUGGAUUAGCAUGUUGUGUCUGGGCCUGCUGUCAGCUGGCGGGCUGCAGUGCAGAGGUCAAAGAGGACAUCAUCUGGAGCAGAAGAACAAUGAGGACGGACUCGCCGCACGACCGUUUCCAGGUCAGGCAAGACAGCUGUUUCCCAAAUCACCAACAGACGCCGGCGAUACGCCUCUUUUAUUGUAGAUUUACUGCAGCGGUUCUUGUCUGUAUGAAGCAAAUAAAAAGGAGAUGUU